CCCCCGGAAGUGGGCGUAUAACCUCCGACAGGGUAGGAAAAAUAUGACAGAGGACUUUGCCACGCAAACAGUGGACCGUAAAUCCAUGUGUAUUUGCAAACCUCAUGUUAAAGAGCAGAUCAGUGGACCAAACUAUUUCAAAGUCUUCCUAAGAAAACUUUAAACCCAGGGUUCAUUAUUUACAGCAGUGGGCGGUUUCAGACAUACAGUGGCCAAAUUGUUCACGGAUAAAACAUUACAGUAGUGUACAGUAGAGGGGAAAUUCUUCAGUGUUUUAUAUUCAUUCCAAGAUGAGAAGAAGAGUUGAUGAGUCUGUUGCAUCCAAACGAAAUGAGGAGAAAGGGGUUAAAAAAAAGGUUCAGGUACAAACCAGGUCAUCUUGGUGGGUGUGGGUGAAAAGGGUACUGAUAGCUCUUUGCACUCUGUAUGUGGCCACGCCAUUUGUUCUGCGAUUGUUUCCCAGUGUCAUGCAAUACCUGGUUUAUAAACAUGCAGUAACGUAUUUUGUUGAUCUGAGCCGUCCCUCUGAUCUUGGCCUCAAUCACACCGUCAAUUUGUACCUGACCUCAGAAGAAGGGGUGACACUAGGAGUAUGGCUCACGGUUCCUGAGCAAAAGUGGAAGGAGUCUCAAGGUAAAGGUUUAGAGUGGUAUGAGCAGUCUUUAGGGGAUGGUUCCCCUGUUUUCAUCUACUUCCAUGGCAAUAUCGGUAACAGAGCAGCUCCACAUCGUGUGGGAGUUGCCAAUGUAUUAAGUUCUCUUGGAUAUCAUGCUGUGGUUAUAGAUUACAGAGGAUUUGGGGAUUCCACCGGAGAGCCCACUCAGGCUGGACUGACCACUGAUGCACUUUAUUUGUACCACUGGGUACGGGCACGCAGCAAGGACAGCCCGAUCUUCAUUUGGGGUCACUCUCUUGGCACUGCUGUGUCAUCCAGCAUUGCAGUGAUACUUCAAGAGAAAGUUCAUCACAGGUCUGUUUCACCAGGAAACCCUGUUGAUGCAGUGAUACUUGAAGGUGCUUUCACAGUUGGAAAAGUGCAAAAAGGCCAACCCCAUCCUUUCACCUGGUAUUACUGGAGAUUUCCAUAUAUACAGUACUACUUUUCCCAAAACUCAAUUGAAGCAAAUAAAAUUGACACGUCCAAUGUUGAUAACUUAAAAAAAAUGAGGACACCUCUUAUGAUCCUUCAUUCUAAAGAUGAUCACAUUGCUCCGUUCUGGAUGGCCGAGGAACUUUACAACAUUGCUAAAAGUGCAAUGAAUUCAGAGGAAAAAGUACAACUGGUGGCAUUUCAUGGAUAUCUUCAUAAUGGGCUUUACAGGGACCCUGCUUUGCCAAAUUAUAUACGGGAGUUUGUGCAGUCUGUUGCAAAGUAAUCUGAAGGCUUCCAUGGUGGGACCAAGUUAAACCUGCAUAUCUCAUCUUCACUUAUGUUUUACUAUCCCUUUUUAACUUUAGUGAUGUGUUCGUGUUUAGAUCAGUUCAGUUAAAAGUCACUCUUGUUCACAAUUAUAGAUUCUCUCUCUCUCUCUCUCUCUCUCUCUCUCUCUCUCUCUCUCUCUCUCUCUCUCUAUCUCUCAGACAUAUACACA